AGAUUUGCCAUUUCUAACAUCAAUUCGCAGUAAAAUUCGCACCAUGUCACCAUUUGGAUAACCCGGUCAAAAUUUAUUACGUUUACAAACAAUUUACCAUCAUGUUAUACAAUAAGUUCCAUUAUUCACAUACAUAACAUAACAAAACAGCAAGAAUGAUUGCGGCAACUUAUAACUGUGGCUGUCCAGCAAAACCGCUAGUAAGCGCAGCGAUCUCUACAUCGAAAGAAAGCAUGAACAAGCAGUUUCAGAGCAGAAGCAAAUCAAAGAUGAAGAACCUUGAGAUGCCCAACACGGAACAAACCCCAACUGAUAUAGUCGUAUCUGAGAUCGUUAAAAAGGAGCAGCCGCACAAGGAGAUCGAAGCUAUCAUCAAUGACAAUCGCGUCAUCAUCAGGAUGCACAAGGAGACGAUCAGAGAGGAGUACGAUCCCCCGUGCGAAUGCAUUGAUCAAGUAGUUUCAAAAGAGUCGGCAUUGAGUCAAGGAAAGUGCGAUGACGGCUUUGUAUUCGAUAUGGCUCAUGGAAAUUUGGAACUCUGUCAUACUCCUCGAGAGGAUGCGUCCGUGCCAUCGACAAAGAAAACCUGCGAGGAGACGGGAUGUCGCACAGUCACGUUGUAUCCAAAUAUAAAAGGCGAUAUCAGGAGUGCUCCUUAUCGCAUAGAUGGCAGGGAAGUUAGAAGGUCAAAGAUGGUAAGACCAAUCGAUCUUGAAGAAAAUCCAAAUAUAUUCCUGUUGAGAAUUAGGAAGCACUGUGAUAGUGGCGAUAAAAGACAGACAAUCGAUCUUGAGUUCCGAGCACCGCGUCCAUGGCUACCAAGAGAGAAGAAGGAUCUUCUUAAACCUGAGAUAUUAGAGGAACAUGAAGAUAUUGACAAGGAACAUAAAGAUGACAUUGACAAGGAAUAUGAAAGUCAUAUCGACAAAGAACAUAAAGAUGACGAGGAUCAUAAAGAUGAGGAGGAGCAUAAAGAUGACAUUAACGAAACGAUUUAUGCUCACGAGGAGAAUAACGAAUAAAAAAUAUAAAUUUCACAAUAAAAUGCCGAAAUACUUUUA